ACACUCUGUCGGGCCCAGUGGAUACGUUAACAUCGCAGCCGCGGAGUCGAGUCGAGUUGAGUAGGAAAACUGACGGCAGAAUUGCUCGCUUGUGUGUUCGGGGUCGACUCUCAAUCCCCCAGCGUUCGGUCGACUUAGAAAAAACGACCACCACAAAAAAGUAAUGAUAUUACAAAAAUGAAAAGCAAAAAGCGAAAAUAAGGCAAAAAAGACGACGAACAAACCGUUCACGACUUCCGACCAGUGCAACAUAAUCGUCCGCGUACAUACACAUACGAGAAGAACUGUACACAGUUUAUGUUUGGAAUUCAUUUGCUACUGAGGUCCUCUCGGUAGCGACUGUGGUCGACUAGAGAAUGGACAUGAGCAGGGGCAUCGGCAGCUUCUAUCAUAUCGCACUCGACGCUAGGCCGCCGACGAUGGCCAUAAAUAUGAGAGUUCAAAAUACACACAUAAAUGGCCAAAUCUGAGGAGGCACAAUAAAAGCGGCCAUAAAGAACAUUAAAUCAGCAGCAGACGCUAACCAGCGAUAGCGUUUGCCCAUACAUACGUCGAGCUCGAGGCGCCGACAGCAGCAACAACAGGGGCAGCAGCAACUGUGGCCAAUGGCAAUGGCAGCAUCACCAGCACCAGCACCAGCCCCAGCCUCAACCCCCCCACCGCAGAUCGAGCAGGACCGCUCCGGUCCUCCCCGAUGGCGGCACGUGCAUUGGGUCUGCUCCUGGCAGUGCUCCUGGAACCAUGUUUGUAGUAGGACAGCCCUGCUCCUGGCUGCUGUGUGCCUGCUGACGCGGCCCGUCAUGCCGGAAGUUAUUUAUCGAGUUGAUCCUUUGGCUCUCCUGGCCGCCACCUUGAGAACGUAUCAACGAGCAGGAUGCGACUCCGAGCAGCUGUCACUCAGUUGUCCUCGCGGCACCAGCAUUUCCAUUGAACUGGCUCAGUACGGACGGGCGGGUGAUUUAACCGACCACAGCCUGUGUCCACCCGUUUCGCAAGAGGACCUCACCACGACCGGAAGUGCCAGCGAUGCUGAAAUCCACAGUGGAACAGAAAUCGAAGUCAAACCGCCGGAAACAUGUACCGUAAGCGGAUUACAGUACGCCCUCCUGCAGACGGUGGUAGAUGCCUGCCAGAAGAAACGGCACUGCAAGUUUGCCGCGAAUUCCAAAACGCACUCUAGUGGAGAUCCCUGCUCGGGCAUUCGGAAAUUCGUCGAGAUUGCCUACAAAUGUCGUCCAUACGAAUUCCGAAGCAAGGUGGCCUGCGAGAACGACAAUAUGCCGCUUGUGUGCAAUCCCUACUCUCGCAUUGCCAUAUACAGCGCCUCCUUCGGCCACACAGAACGAGAGAGCGUACAGUGUGGGGGACAGGGCGCCGGAGUCAGCACUGGUACCAGCGAAGACAACGGCAGGCCGACCUGCCUGGUGUCGUACGCCACGGAGACAGUGAUGCAGAUCUGCCAUGGGCGGCGACGCUGCUCGGUAACCGCAGAUGCUGGCACAUUCGGUCGUCCGUGCAAGGCCGAUGUGCGAAUGUACCUAAAAGUUGUGUACACAUGCAUUCCACGCAAAGUGCUGAAGGAUCGCUACGAGACAGCGCCGGAGGGCGACGAGCCACAGCAGUCUGAGCUCGACAUGGACCAAGAUGAGCUCUAUGACGAAGACCAGUUCUACAAAGAGUCCGAAGCCAUUCCGCCAGCCCCCAAGCUUCAAGGCGCUAUUCCAAAUGUCGGUAUGCCCUUCGAGUUCGGGAAUGGCGCGCUAGGAGUGGGUACUUCAAGCACACUCCUUCCACCACUUCUUUCGCUUGACGAUGGCUUAUUAGAAGAAAAACUUGUGUCAUCUUUACGGCUGCUUGAUCGGAUAAAAACAGCGUUGAACCAAGACUUUGUCACUGAGAUAGCUGACUCGGCGGUACACACGACUGCUUCCAGUGAAGAGAUCGGUGCAAUCGAAGGUUCACAAUCAAGUUCAGAACCGACACCCGAAACCAUCGCCGCUGAUGGAAACGCUAUUUUCAAACGCAAGUGCGUUAAUGUCGAUGAUUGGGGAGUCAUUGGACUGAACUGUACCGAAGAGGACAUCGUUACGGAGCAGGUCGAGGUCAUUGGUUUCUUGGUAAAUUGGCUCAGCUGCUAUGUCCAUAUACGAAAACAUCAGGAGCAAUUUUACCUAUACCUAAUCAUAUCGGUGGCGGCUGGCGUUCUCCUCUGUCUGACGCUUGUCAUUGGCCGGCUCGCGCUGCAGAAACGGCGCGGUGAACGGAAGAACAGCGGCUCAAGUGCUAGCGGGGUCGCCAAGGCCUUUGCAGAUACUCAAGGUGCCAGCACAGGGGUCGGAAAUGGGGGUGCAAGCAGGUUUCAUCAGGCGGCAACAAGAGAAUCCCACCUGCCAGACUCCUUUGCAGAUGACAUAUCUGACAUCGACGCCGACAUCGACCUAACAGGUCCGAUGCCACUGCCCAGUCUAUCGUCUCGGAACGAGACCUACAUGACAUACGCACCGACGCCCAAGUGCAGCUACGGAGGCCUACCAGGGGCACUCUCGCACCCUACCUCUGGAGCAACCACUGUUCUGAUGGCUCCGCACUCGCAGGCCAGUUACACUACCAUGGGUCAUCCCACAACAAACGGGCCCCUGACAAUGGGUGCUCACUUCCUUGGACCCUCCGGACUGAGCACGGUUUCACCAGCGUACUUGGGAGGUGCUGUCAUGGUGGCUGGACAUCACCACACUCUGCGACGCACGCUGAUACCCACCAGCAUGGGAAUAAUGAGCUCCCCCUCCCCGCCGCCGACUUCGAUGAGUACUGGCCAUCCCCUGCCACUAACAGCCAUGCCCUCAACCUCGAACAGCGGCUGUGGGAUCUACUACGAUAGCACAGUGCCACGCAAUCUGUCGCGUGGCGUGUCUACAGAGAGCAGCGCUCAGUAUUUCUACGGGUGACACUCGCUAAACCGGAAGGCUUCCUUGCCGAUCGCAAUUGCAGUGCGACCCUCUCACAUGGGCUUUAACAUGCUGCCGCUGACGGCAACCAUGGGCUCGCAGGCAAGCUCCAGUGCCGAUGGCCGAGCAAGUCGCUCGGGGACUCCUCCUAACAGCAACAGCAACAAGCCGGGCAUACCAGCCAUCACCGUGACCGACUCGCCAGCGCCAGCGCCAGCCUCUAUGGCUCUGCCGAGCAAAUUGCUCUCCCUGAAAUCUCCCAGGUCCUUUGGGACUAUGCAGCCAAAGCAGGAGUUCGAACAAUCUUCCAAAUCGACCAACAAUAUUGAGGGUGGUCUGCAAAUUUGCGCCUCCGGGCGCAGUCAGUGCUUCUAGGAACCAAUUUCAGUGGCUGUACAGUGACGUCCAUUGGGCAAGCAUCUACUCUAUUUGUAAAUAUUGACAGACUUGUUUACUCUUAAGUAAUUAGACCUUUGUGUAAGAGACUAGGUGCCAGAGAUUUUAAAUGAUAACUGCUGUUCAGAGGCUUAUCCGUUGACAACCGUUAACAACAAAAACUAACACGAUGCAGAACUAAGUAGUCCCAAAUGAAAGGAUUUAUAUCACUGUAUUACGUAUUA